GGCAACGUAUGUAUACGAACCUCAAAUAAUUAAAUGACAGUUUUCAAAUGGAUCGUAUUCGGAAAAUAAGUGCUAUCGAUAUAAUUAAAGAAGUAGAAAAACAUCCUAUUAUUUACGAUUUCAAAUAUCUUCCACCUUGUGAUCAGCUGAUAUCUGAGAAAAAGAAAAAGACAUGGGAAAUUAUUGCUGAAAAUUUACAUGGGAAGAGAUGGGAAAUUGCAGGUGAAGUUGAGCGAGAAAAUAUAGCAAAAGAGAUACAGUUUAAAUGGAAAAAUGUUAAGGAUAAUUUCAUGAAGACAUUGCGAAAGGAAAAGGAGGAUGAAGAUAAUGGAAUAUUAGCUACUAAGAAAAAGAAGUAUAUUUACUAUGAUUUGUUAAGUUUUUUACGUCCAUUUGUAUUUUCUCCAAGAAAAACAAGCGAGGAUAUGGAGUUAGGAGGAAAAAAUGCCUCAAAUAUUAUAUACAUCAAUGAAACAAAAGAGCAGCCCGAAGGAGACUCCAAUUUCCAAACCUCUCCACAAAUUGCUCCCAAACCAAUAAAAGUCCAAACUCCCAUUACUCCAAUGCCCACUUUCGGCACCUACAACCUGUUCAACUUAUCCAACUUCAACCAAAUACACUUCCACAGGGCGCAAAAGAAUCCACAGACGAAUCGGCCACACGAAAGCUAACGGAAGUUCUUGAAAACAUGUUACAGGCUCAAGCAGAGGAGAGGAGCGACGAUUCGAUGGGAAACAAAAAAUUUCUGAUGUCUCUUUUACCGUUUAUGAGAAAAUUACCCGAUGAUGUUAACUUGGAAGUUAGGUUGCAGUUGAUGAGUGUUCUGUUAAGUUAUGGAGGUAAAGAUCUUAUUGUGGGAUGAUGUGCUACAUUGAGUAAAAUUGGCAUGCCAUUUUGUAUAUACCGUGUUCAAUUUGUAAUUUAUCGUUUUAAUAAAAUAAGUUAUAUAUGAA